GGAGGGGCGAUGAACUGACAUUCAAACGCAUUAGCACAUGGAAAGGGAUAGAAAUCUGCAUAGAUUCAAACAUAGGGGUUGCAGACUGCUAACUGGAGGAAAAGUUUAUUUUUGAAACAAAUAUUAGAACCUGAGAUAUUCCACAUUUGAAGAAAUGUCACCCAGAUUGAUCUUUAUCCCAUGUCUGGCAUUGUGGAUCAGCUGCUGUGCCAUCACCUUGGCCGAGGAAGAUCCAUACUUGACAAGAGCUCAAAGUCUGAUGACUGUGACACCGCUCAUCGACGGUCACAACGACCUGCCUUGGCAGCUUCGAAAGAAUUUUAACAAUCAACUCAACAAGGUGAACCUUACCACUCUGAAUACAACACACACCAGCAUCCCAAAGAUCAAGAAAGGAAAGAUCGGUGCACAGUUCUGGUCGGCCUAUGUGCCCUGUGACACGCAGUACAAAGAUGCUGUCAGACAAACCCUGGAGCAGAUAGAUGUGAUCCACAGGAUGUGUGGGACAUACCCAGACACUUUCCAAUUUGCCACCAGCAGCGCAGAAAUCGAAAAUGCCUUCAGAUCGAAGAAGGUCGCCAGUCUGAUCGGGGUGGAGGGCGGUCACUCCAUCGACAGCAGCUUGGCGACUCUGCGCAUUAUGUACUAUAUGGGUGCCCGGUACUUGACACUCACACACUCCUGCAACACACCCUGGGCGGACAACUGGCUUGUCGACACCGGAUCAGAGCCAUCCGAGCAUAAUGGCCUGUCCGCUUUUGGCAAGCAACUUAUAGCGGAAAUGAACCGUCUGGGGAUGCUCAUCGACUUGGCUCAUGUACCUGUCAAAGUGAUGAAUGAGGUGUUGGAGAUGUCCAAAGCUCCAGUUAUCUUCAGCCAUUCCUCUGCAUACACCAUCUGCCCACACAAGAGGAACGUGCCUGAUGACAUCCUUGCUAAAGUGCAUCAAAAAGGAGGAAUUGUGAUGGUGAACUUCUACAAUGACUACGUGACAUGCAGCAAUACAGCUAACCUGUCAGAUGUUGCUGAUCACUUUGAUCAUAUAAAAAAGGUGGGCGGCGUAGAUAUCGUUGGUUUUGGUGGUGAUUACGAUGGAGUCACCAGGGUUCCUGAGGGUUUGGAGGACGUGUCCAAAUAUCCCUAUCUGGUGGCUGAACUUCUGAGGAGAGGGUGGACUGAUGAGGAUGUGAAGGCUGCUCUUGGAGAAAACCUCCUCCGGGUCAUGAAGAAGGUUGAGGAGAUCCGUGACAGUAUGGCCAGCUCCUUACCGGAUGACGUUCCUAUUCCAUAUGAUGAUGUGAACAACCCCUGCAGGACGAGCUAUGGUUACCUCGACUCCGGAGCUGUCCAUUCACUCAGCAUACUGACUCUUCUGCUCGCACUGGCUUCCCAGGCUGUUAUGACAUCAGCAGUUUAAUAACCUCAGCAUUGCUGCUUAAUUUAAGGAUUGUAAAAUCUGAAAAUGUUAAUCUUGUUUUUUGGUCCACCUUCAACUAUUCUAUCACGUUUCUGAAAUAUGCAGGUUCUCUAACAGCAACUUUUAUUUAAAAAAAAAACAUGUUUAAAAUUAAGUGUUUCAAUCCAUCAUAAAACUGUCAAAGGAUGCAUGAGUGGAAAAAUCUUGGAUUCUGAGUCUGCUUGUUGUAGGUCAGUGGGCUUUUUUUCCUCAGGGAUUUAACAAUUUUGAAAAAGAUGAUUUGUAUCCACUGAAUGAAGGGGUUCGCAUGUUAGGGAAUGGCGCCGUCUAGUGGUCUCAGUUAGCAACUACAAGAUAAUUUAUCAAAACUUGGCAGUAGGGUUGGACCAAAAAACUAAAUGCAUCGAUCUUUGUUUAGUUUUCAGCGGGUAAUAAAACACAGAAAUAAUCUGUUAUCAGCUACUGGACAUUUACUUUACAGAGGCACCACUGAUAAAUCAAUUACAUGUCUUGUUCAGUGAUUGAACAGUAGAACAUUUUAUGAAAUUUUAUGUUUUCAUUUUAAACUAAACACAUGAGGAAAGAUUACAAAAAACAACAGAUAAGAUUCAUUCAGGAGUCUAAAAUACAUCUUUACCUCUCAGCAUUUAACACAUACUCUUAAUUAACCUUUUUCUCCUAAUUAAAUGCCCUAUAGUGAACGUUGGUUCUCACAAACCCCAACGCAUUCAAGCAUCAGUGUUGCCACAAUUCGAUAGUUUAUUUUUUUUUCUGUCAACCACACAGUGGUUAAAACAAAUUUUAAAUUUAUAUGAUGCUUUCAUGAAUUUGGGAGAAGAAUCAAGGAAAAAGAAGAAAAAGAUGCAUUUUUGAACAGAUGAAAUUCAUUCACCAUCUCUUUGCUUUCUUCUCUAAUUUUCAACACACAUUACAUUUAAACACUUAAUAUAUUUACACAAAUAACGCAAAAACAAAAUCUUGGAGGAACAUCAUUUGCAACAUCAUUAAGCAAUUCAGUGAAAACUGCAGCAUCUGGGGCCCUCUUGUGUGCUUCACAAGAACAGAUUAUACCAGCUUUUGUGUCCUGAGGCUCUCAUCUGCAAAGGGAGAAAAAACUUCCCAGGACAAGCAUUGCCAAUAUCAGGACCAAUGCUCUGUAUAAAGCAUUAAUGUGUAUUGGUUGAUUCUAGAGAACUAUUAUUGCCUUUUCACAAACCUAUGGAAAUUGGCAGCAUUGGCAAAAACUGAGAAAACAGUCCCCAAGCUUUUUUAACUAGUGGGUUAUUUAAAACAGCUACUUUUCUAACUUCCUGUAUCAGCAAGCAGCACUACGGUGCUUAAUGAAACUUGCCUGUAAACCUUAUCAAGAGGUUGAGCUUCAGAAUCACCUUUAAAAUGUGUUGCUGUAAUCCUUUAUAAUAAGAUUCUUUUUCUGAGCUGCUCUUUUAUUAAAAAAAUACAUUUGC